AUGCACAUCAAAACCCUCGCCUGUCUCUUGCUAUCGCUAGUGGCCUACACCCAAGCCGUAGCGGUAGCCCCCUUGGCCGACCCAAAUUCUGCCGCACUCAACGGUCCCGGCUCAUCCAUCGCUACGAGGAGUACUCAAGACGACGCCUUGAACUGGUGUCGAACCGAAAAGGGUGGCGUUCCUCUCUGGUACCCCAACAAGGAUUCGGAUUUCAAGGAUCUCGGUCAACCGGGACUGGUCCGGGUCAACGAUGUUCGUGAAGCCCUGCUUGUCGGUGAGCCAGCAGGGAAGAAAGGGACCUCGCCGGUCCUACAGGCGAGGCUGGCUGCCAUGGCGGCUUGGGCCAAGUUCGUUCCGAACACUGUUCGAGAUUCGUUCGUAGGCGGGGAUGGCAAACCUAUCGGUUGGUGCCUCCCCGGCGACAACAACCAGUUGAUCAUCAAGUCUCAAUGGAAGAAAGAUGGGAAAGAUUGGGUUAGAGACAAAGACGGCCUGAAGACCCUCGUCCAGUCCGCGGGAGAACAAUCGAAGACGGUCAUCGUCAAGAACGGGACGGAAAACAUAAGCGGGACGGACCACUUGACGGCUACUUGGCCGUUCUUUCUCAAUCAGGCUUAUCAGCCGGACGACAUCCAGCCCAGUUCGGCUAGCGAUUGUCAGCAGAAGCCAGAUGGCCAGCGAGCGGACUGUGACAGUCAGACGGACCCAUGGAACAGUGGGGAACAGGCUGCCGUGCACUUCCUGUCUGAUGUGACGGGAGAGCCUUGCGAGAUCACGGGCGAUUACAAGGCUGAUAAUGGCGAUAUGAACAAGAUUCUGGAUAAAGCGGACGAGACACCCAUCAUCGCCAUCCUGCCCGACCCGUCCAACAACGACUACCUCAAAGGUUUCUGGUCCGUCGAACAGGUCUUUGAGGACCCGAACGACCCUCAGAAGCAGAAAAAGAUGAGGGUGUGGGAUUACGUCGAGGGGCAACACCGGGUCAUCAAACUGCCUGCCAAGAUGAAGGUCGUCCAUAUCAAGGGCGCUGGCGGGGAGCCUGACGGGAAGUGGGACAAGUGGGCGAAGAAGUAGCGAUAGCGGUGAUGUGUCCCAUUCCACGUAUGCGGUUAG